AAUGCCGUGGUUCCCGGAGGCGAGGGCGGAAACGUACAUCAGGCGGGCUUGACGUGGGAAAUGCGGCAACAGAUCACACUCAACCAGAAACUCCGCAUGGAGGGAUCUCGCAAGGGGGAGGAAGGUGCGUAUCGCCGGCCACUCAUCACCGCUCGACUUCGCGCUCUCUUUCUGGAGACGUACCAGUUCCACACAGGAACGCAGGAGUGCUUUUACUCCAUUGGCGGGAACAACGCUGGCUACAACCCAGACACCAGCCUGGAUUUCCAGGAACGAUUUGAGCUGAUUUGUGAUCUCUUGCGAAAGAACAAGAGAAUGGUGAUGGAUGUGAUUGAGGGAAGAGGAGUGAAGUCUGUGGUUGCGAAUCCCAAGGGCUAUAACAAGCGGAAGGUGAGCAACAAUCUUUGUAAUGAGGACAAGAAGGAAAUCAUGGGGAAGGGGAAGGAUCGGAUCGAGAGCGAGGAGCCCGUCAAAAAGAGACGCCGACGGGGCGGCGGCAAGUUGGGAACUGUUGUCGAGGAAGGGGAUGAUGAGGUUGUCGAAGAUGAUGAGCAUAGAGAGGCAGCAGCAGUAGCAGGGCCGUCGAAACGGCCAAAGAGAGCUACUGGGAGAAAUACUGCUGCCGCUGCUGCUGCUGCUGCUGCUGCGAGAAAAGAUGCGCAGCAGCAGGUCGAGAGGGAGGAUCCCGCUGAGGCUGAGUUGAGGGAGGCAUUGCGGAGUGAUGGCAAGGAACAGAACGAAUUUGACUUUAGCAUUGAUUUUCCCGGGCUCGACUUUGGAGCGGACGCCUUCAUUUGAAUUCUUGGCAAUGUGGAGUGAGGUGAUUUGACGAAAAGUCGUCUCAAUCAUCACUGCAU